UAAUUAUGAGAGUGUGACCAAGUGUUGCUUAGUAUCCAAUCCAAGACUAAAUCAUAACAUAACAAAGAAAAUCCAAAUUAAGCUUCUUUUAAGAUCUUUCAAAUUGAUGCAUCAGAAAAAGUAAAGAAGAAGAAGAAGAAGAAAAUGGCGGAAGAAAAAGAAUCAACGUCAAUUCCUCUGAGUCAAGCUGAUAAUGUCUCUUGCGAAGAUCCCGAAGAUCCAGCUAAGUCUCCACCAACCUCUCCCAACUCUUCUACUCGCAGGGCUUGCUGCUUUGUUCUUCAGAGUUGGGUCUCAAAGAAGUUUAUGACUGGAAUUGUUGUUCUAUUCCCAGUUGCAGUUACCUUUUUUAUUACAUGGUGGUUUAUUCAGUUUGUCGAUGGUUUCUUUAGUCCGCUAUACUCCAGUUUUGGCAUUGAAAUAUUUGGACUUGGUUUUAUUACAUCGCUAGCUUUUGUAUUUGUUAUUGGUGUUUUUGUUUCGUCGUGGAUGGGGGCCACUGUCUUCUGGAUUGGAGAAUGGUUAAUAAAGCAGAUGCCCCUUGUCAGACAUAUAUAUUCUGCAUCCAAGCAGAUUAGUGCUGCAAUUUCUCCAGAUCAAAAUACCACUGCCUUUAAAGAGGUAGCAAUUAUCCGUCAUCCGCGUGUUGGUGAAUAUGCUUUUGGCUUCAUUACAUCAACUGUUACUCUACAGCAAGAAAAUGAAGACGAAGAGCUUUGUAGUGUUUUUGUCCCUACGAACCAUCUGUAUAUUGGCGAUAUAAUUUUGGUUAACUCCAAAGAUGUAAUAAGACCUAAUCUUUCCAUUCGAGAAGGCAUAGAAAUCAUUGUUUCUGGAGGAAUGACAAUGCCACAGUUGAUAUCUCCCAUCGAAAGAGUUACUCGACCCAAUGAGAGAAUAUCUUUGAACAGAAUUGGAUAAAGGAAUGCACCCGCUGUUUAAGAUUGAUUUGUAGUUAUCGUCCAUUAUUAUACCAUGCAUGGGUCAUAUGGUGAUGAGAAUUGUAUUCUGAAUCUCGUUGUGAUGGAGUCUGUAUACGAAAGUUGUUGAAUAUUUAUAGUUUCUAUCGAAGUUCAAAAAAGAGAUACAAUGUAGUUAUUACAAUAUUUUUAUCAUUUUCUUUAUAGUUUCA